CCGCUGGUGCCCGUCAUGGCGGCAGCCGCGCAGCUGCUCCGCGGGGCCGCCCGCGCCCCGCCCGCCCUGUCCGCCGCGUCCCGCCGCUGGCUGGGCUCCGCGCCGCCGGGGGUCCCCGCGGUCCGAGGCGGGCGGCGCUGGGCGCUGGCGGCGGCGGGGGCGCUGGGCGGGCUGGGGCUAGGGCUGUGGCGGCGGCGGGCCUCCAUGGCGGCGGCCGAGGAGGAAGAAGAGGAGGAGAUGCGACGGCGGUUCAUGGCGCCGCCGGUGAGCGGGCUGCGGGAGCUGCGGCGGCGGCGGCGGGAGCUGGGGAGCCGCAUGGAACUGCUCAUCAUGGAGACGCAGGCCGAGGUGUGCCGCGCCCUGGCGGCGCUGGAUCCCGGCGCCUCUUUCGCCGUGGACACCUGGGAGAGGAAGGAAGGCGGAGGAGGCAUCAGCUGCGUGCUACAGGACGGAGAGGUCUUCGAGAAGGCCGGCGUGAACGUGUCGGUGGUGUUCGGACAGCUGUCCGAGGAGGCGGCGAGGCAGAUGAGGAGUAGGGGGAAGGCCCUGAAGGCCACCGAGGAUGGAAAACUGCCUUUCUGUGCCAUGGGUGUAAGCUCCGUUAUUCAUCCAAAGAAUCCUCAUGUUCCAACCAUGCACUUCAACUACAGAUACUUUGAAAUUGAGGAAGCUGAUGGAACCAAACAGUGGUGGUUUGGUGGUGGAACAGACCUCACUCCGACUUACUUGAAUGAAGAAGACGCUAUACAUUUCCACAAGACUCUGAAAGAAGUUUGUGACAAGCAUGAUCUCAAGCUGUAUCCCAAGUAUAAGAAAUGGUGUGAUGACUACUUCUAUAUCAAGCACCGUGAUGAGCGAAGAGGGAUUGGAGGCAUAUUUUUUGAUGACAUGGACUCUCCUUCCAAGGAGGAAGUAUUCCAGUUUGUACAGAGCUGUGCCAAAGCUGUUGUGCCUUCUUAUGUUCCCAUUGUAAAGAAGCACUGCCAUGACUCCUACACACCAGAGGAGAAACUGUGGCAGCAGCUUCGGAGAGGACGGUAUGUGGAGUUCAAUUUGGUUUAUGACAGAGGUACAAAAUUUGGCCUGCUGACACCAGGAUCGAGAAUUGAGAGCAUUCUUAUGUCUCUGCCACUGACUGCAAGGUGGGAAUACAUGAACACACCUCCAGAGAGCUCAAAGGAAGCUGAAAUUCUGGAGGUUCUCCGCAAUCCCAAAGACUGGGUGCACUGAUGUGGAUCGUGAAGAAGGUGGAUUGCUUAUACUGAGCCAUUACAGAAGAAGAGGAAAGCCUGCAAGCCAGCUCCUCUGAACUGCUGCUGCACGGCGUCUUAGUAUAGCUAUUUAUACUCUUACCCUGGUGCCUUAAUGAUGAUGCUGUAGACUUGUUGUAACUUGCAAAUAUGUGACCUCUUUCUUUAAGAGAGAUCAGCUGAUGUUGUCAUCCCUUGUUGAUGUUGCCUUGUGAAGGACUGGUGAUACCCUCCCAGGGCUAGUGUGCAUGCUUAUGAACUUCUUCAACUGAUUUGUGUGUGAUUGCAAAAUGUUAAACUACUGUGAAGUGUUCCCCCAGUGGAAUUAAAGCACUAUCUGUGCCUAGAUGGCAUUGCUUACUUGAAAAUAAUGUUGGGAUGUUCUAGAAAUACUUUUUUUAAAGAAUAAACUGAAUAUUUGGUAUGAGUUUAAGUCUUUAAAUCUGCUUUCAUGAACCUGUGAAAAAGACAGCACCAUGUUUCAUCUGGAGGCGGAGAACAGUGGAAACUGGGUUAGAGUCCCAUUUGCCUGCUGGAUACAAGAGUUGGCUGUACGCUUUAAAGAGAAGCUCUUGAGUGCUGCGCUCCCUAGUUCUCUUACCUGCAGUCAACCACACCAGCACUUCCUCUCUGCCCAUUCCUUGUCAGGAAGGAUGGCUUGGAAGCUGCUUGGUGUGGCCCUGGGCUUCCUGCACAGACCUGGCUGCUCCGAUUGCCCUUUCUGCUUGCAGUGUGACCUUGGACUGAGUGCACACUCAGUAAAUUGCAGAUGACACCAAGUGGGAGGAUGUGUCAAGUCUGCCUGAGAGGAGGAACGCUCCAUGUGGAUCAGGAUAGGCUGGACAGAGGUGCUGAGGGCAAUUUUAUGUGCUUUACCAAGACAAAAGGCUAGGUUCUGUGCUUUGCUCACGGUUGUGUAGUUGUGACACUGAGGGAUGGCAGUGAUGGAUCGACAAUUCUACAAAGUUACCUUAAUGAUCUUUUCCAACCUUAAUGAUUCCUUCCAAGAUGGGAAAAGCAAAAAGCUGCUCUGCUGGAGAAAGAAAAAUAGUGCUACUGUCUCCCCGUCGGGGAAUCGAACCCCGGUCUCCCGCGUGACAGGCGGGGAUACUCACCACUAUACUAACGAGGAGUAGUUAAGAAUCCCCCUUUCCGCUGGGGCAUCCUAUGACGUCAGCGCUUCCGAGCUGUGAGCUGGUACAAUGGGUUCCGUGCACUUUUGAUCCUAAACUGCCCCAGCUGCUUAUCCCGGCGCUGCAGGACCGACAGCCACUCUCACUAACAGCCAGAGGGCCGGCUCGGACCCGCUGCUUUUUCUCUCCUUUUGCAAAGAAACACCUAACGGAGAGAGCACGCAGACAUCUUCGUAGGGGAACGUGCUCGCGAAUAUUGCAGCCUUUCCUCACUAAUCAAUGAAAUCAACAAAAACAUCAAAAUAUAGCUGGCCCGUACGGGGAUCGAACCCG